AUGGAAAACCUCUCUUCCCGAUGUCUCCAAAACAUCUCAUCAGAAGAAAUCCGAGAUUUCAUGGGUACAGUAUUUGGAAAUCCCUGGUCAGAAGAGAAUCCCGAGGGGAUUUUUCCCAUGGGGAUUGCGGAGAAUAGAAUCAUGCAUGAUGAAAUCGCCGAGUAUAUCAAUUCAAAUUUCCGGGUGACUCCAAAAAUGCUCACCUAUGGAGAUGGCCCAACUGGUUCCUUCGAAUUACGUGCUGCUCUCGCCGAAUUCUGGAACUCAAAUUUCUCACCCAAAGAACAAGUUUCAAGAGAACAUGUUACGGUUAUGGGAGGAGGUUCCUCAAUUCUUGAUGCAUUGAGUUAUUGUAUAGCAGAAGAAGAUGAAGGGAUCUUAGUUGCUCAGCCCUUUUACGUUGGGUUUGUGGGAGAUUUUGAGGAUCGCGCAAGAGUCAAAGUAAUUCCGGUAUCAAUCGGCUCACUCGAGGACGUCACUACAAUGAUCGGAGUCCAUAAACACGAAGAAGCACUUCUGGACGCUGCACGAACAGGUAUCAAGAUUAGAGGACUGAUGCUCUGUAAUCCACAUAAUCCCCUCGGAAGAUGUUAUUCACCGGAAGUCUUGGAAGCAUAUCUAUCUCUCUGUUCAAAAUACAAUAUCCAUCUCAUCAGCGAUGAGGUAUAUGCCAAAGCUGUUUUUCCCAAUCAGGAUAUUCCGAAUCCAAUGCAUUUUACCUCAAUACUUUCAUUGAACAUCGCAAGAUUUUGUGAUCCAGGGUUGGUAAGUGUGGUUUACGGUAUGAGUAAGGAUUUCUGCUCAAAUGGCCUACGAAUCGGAUGUAUAAUCUCACAACAUAAUUCCACUCUUCAUCGAACCCUAGGAGCAAUAUCAAAAUUCGCAUGGGCAUCCUCGUUGUCUGAUCAUGUAUGGACGUUAAUGUUGACUGAUCAAACAUUCCUUGAUCAUUAUUUCUCAACUCUGGGUCAAAGAAUGACUAUUGCAUGUGAGAUUUGUACGCAGAGAUUGAAGGAAUUGGAGAUUCCUUAUAUUCCUGCCUCCUGUGGUCCUUUCAUUUGGAUAGAUCUUAGAGCUUAUCUUACAUCUCCAACUAUUGAGGCAGAACGUAUACUGUCAUGGAAAAUGUUGAGAUGUGGGAUUUGGUUGGCUACAGGUGAGGCGUUUGCAUCAGAAGAACCGGGUUGGUAUAGGAUUACUUUUGCUAUGGGGGAGAAAGAUUUGAGAUUUGGGAUGGAUAGAUUAUGGAGAGUUUUGAGUGCAGCCAAGGAAGCUAAUGGAGGGAAUGGUAGGGAAUGUAUAGGACAUGAGAUAGACCCACUGAAAAGAUGA